AGAUGAGACAACAAGGCAACUAUCUAGCAGCCUUGAUCAGCAUAGCGCUUGCGGGCUAUGUCCAUGCCCAGAUUUCAGGCACUGUUAAGCCAUGUAGACAACAGUGCAACAGGUUAAAUCUGAAUUGUGGAAAGACUUGCAAAGUAGACGAUCUGGCUGCUAUAGACGAGGCGUGUUUUCGAGCCAAGACAAAUGGAAUAGAGGACCUUCCAGAAGAACAGAAAGUACCAAAACUGAGUGAGAUCUUAGCUUUGUGUAUCAAGCCAGGUGCAGUCCAAGCGGAGAAAACACCCAAAAAGGGUGGAAGAAAGGGUGGGAGAAAGAAUAAAGGAGGGAAGUUUGUAUAUGGCCCCUGCAAGACCAGAUGUAAUCAAUUGAACUUGAAAAAGUGCUCAGUCAUUUGCAAGUUGAAUCCUGGGGAUACAAUUGACGGACCUUGCUUUACACAAUGUGCAGCAGCUGUCCAAGUUAGAAACGGGAAAAGGGGCCUCCCUAAUUGUCUCCGACAAUGUAAAACUGGAGGUGCAGUCAUAAGCCCAGUCAGAUGCGGAACCGCCGCAAACCCAUGCUGUAGAUGGGGAAUGUGGAGCCAGUGGGUAAAAGAACCAUGUACCAGAACCUGCGGAGGUGGAACCAUUCGACAAACUAGAAGACGAGUGAAAUUGUUUGGGUCAAUAGGCGAGCCACAAUGUCAAGGGAAAGCUUUUGAAGUAUUUUCUGGUGUAUGCAACCCACAAAUCUGUGAAGGAUGUAGAUGGGGUCAAUGGGGAGUCUGGAAAAAGUUUCCAUGUACUAAAUCAUGCGGUGGAGGCAUCAUUCGUCAGACUAGAAACAGACAGAAGAUAUACGAUAGUUUUGGAAUUUCUUCGGAAUGUUUUGGCAAUUCGGAGGAAUCCUUCGAAGGUGUAUGUAACACAGGGCCAUGUGAAGGAUGUAGAUGGGCCCCCUGGGGAGGAUGGAAAAAUAUACCAUGCUCUAAAUUGUGUGAUGGCGGUGAAAACGGUCAAAUGAGAACACGACAGAAAAUCUUUGAUGCUCUUGGAACUUCUCCUCAAUGUCUCGGCGAAUCAAUGGAAUCAUUCAAAGGAGCAUGUAACACGGAGCCUUGCAAGAGAUGUAGAUGGGCCCCCUGGGGAGGAUGGAAAAGUAUACCAUGCUCUAAAUCAUGUGGCACCGGACAAACGGGUCAGAAAAGGACUAGGACUCAAAUAUUUGAUGCACUUGGAACAGCUCCUAAAUGUACUGGCCUCUCGAUUGAAUCAUUCAAAGGUGUAUGUAACACGGAACCAUGCAAGGGUUGUGUGUGGAGCAAUUGGGGUGCUUGGCAGAACGCUGAGUGUACCAAAACAUGCGACUCUGGAACACAAAGCAGAACACGAUCAAGAACAAAACUUGUUGGUCCACCAAGAACUGUAUGUCCAGGGCAAUCUCAAGAACAGGGUAUCGUUACCUGUAACCCCCAGCGAUGCGAUGUUCCACAAACCGGCUGUGGAACAUGGCACCAAUGGAGCCAGUGGCAAUAUGGUCCAUGUAUGCAAUCAAAUAGCCAAGUAAACACGGGCGUAGUUAAACACACUUGCUUUAGGUAUGGAGUAAGAACAUGCAAAAGAACCCGAACCUGUCAACCAUGUGUCGGAAAGCGAGACACAGAAAUCAACGAAUACAAGAGAAGCGGUUUUGGUUUUCCUCCUCAACCUCAACAAUGUGUCGGUAUAUCUAUCCAACAUAAAUCCGAACAAUGUUGUCUGACGAGAGAUUGUACCGCUCAAUUUGGAGCAUGGUCGAAAUGGAUACUUGGUACAUGCGUUGGAGGAAUUAGAGACCAGUUCGGGGGUUGUGCUAUAAAGGGAAGGCAGUUGUGCACACGCACUCGAGUUUGCCCUAAGUGCCCCGCGAAUCCCCUUCUUCCGGGACAAUGUCUUGGCGCUGCUACCCAAACAAAGACUCAAGAAUGUUGUGGUCAGAUACAACAAUGUACUGCUCAAUUUGGACCAUGGUCGAAAUGGAUACUUGGUACAUGCGUUGGAGGAAUUAGAGACCAGUUCGGGGGUUGUGCUAUAAAGGGAAGGCAGUUGUGCACACGCACUCGAGUUUGCCCUAAGUGCCCCGCGAACCCCCUUCUUCCGGGACAAUGUCUUGGCGCUGCUACCCAAACAAAGACUCAAGAAUGUUGUGGUCAGAUACAACAAUGUACUGCUCAAUUUGGACCAUGGUCGAAAUGGAUACUUGGUACAUGCGUUGGAGGAAUUAGAGACCAGUUCGGGCGUUGUGCUAUUAAGGGAAGGCAGUUGUGCACACGCACUCGAGUUUGCCCCAAGUGCCCCGCGAACCCCCUUCUUCCGGGACAAUGUCUUGGCGCUGCUACCCAAACAAAGACUCAAGAAUGUUGUGACACGAUACAGCAAUGUACUACGCCUACUCCAUGGAGAGAAUGGUCGGAAUGGGUAUUUGGCACGUGCACAGGGUUCGCACAUGACCAGUUAGGCAAUUGCAUUAGGCAGGGAACUCAAUCGUGCACACGUAAUCGAGUUUGCCCGAAGUGCCCCUUAAACGUCAAUCUUCCUGGAAAUUGUGCUGGUGCUUCGAGAGAAACAAAGAUACAACAGUGUUGCCCUAUAAAAAAAACUUGUAGCAAAUGGACAGAAUGGGGGAAGUGGGUUUUUGGCGAUUGCAUAGGCGCCGUGUUCACAGCCCCAGGCGUAAUUCCACGACGAUGCAUAACUCAGGGAUGGAGAACAUGCAAUCGUACGAGGCACUGCCCGGCCUGUCCGGGAGACAUGCGAGGCAUGCGCGACAUUGACCUCGACAGGAGAAGCGGGGGAAUGCCAGGAAAGUGUGUCGGCGCUUCUGUUGAGCAUAAACAAGAACGCUGUUGUAUACCACCACCAGUACCACCAGGUCCAACAACAACUGUAAAACAAGAACCACAAUGUAAUAAGUGGGGGCCAUGGGGACCUGUCGAAGAGACAGAAUGUACUUUAACCAUAUUCAUGCAGAAACGUCAAGCGGCAGCCAUAGUUUGCCCAGCUGGUACUUAUGGGACCAAGAGGCUCACACGAAGGCGCGUGUGCCCACCGUGUGUUAUAAACAAUAACCCGUUAGCUGGUAAAUGCGAAGGAAAGAACGAGGAGGUAACGUUGAAAGUGUGCUGUGUAUCCCCUGCAACGACACCCAAGGCGACAACCACCGUGAAAGCGACAACCACCGUUAAAGCGACAACAACAGCAAAAGAAGGAUGCAAAUCGUUAAAUCUUAUCCGCCUUGCUGCUUACCAGUACUCGCGCCGGACCCUGGCAAAUAAAGAUAAUACUCACAAUCAAUUUGGUUGUAAAGAGAGAUAUAACGGACAUCAAAUAAUCUAG